UUCACUUCAGCAUCCUUACACUUUGAAUGCUCAACCAAACUUCACUUCAUAGGUAAACUUCUUUGCAACCACAUAAAUUGAGAAGAAGAUGAAAGAAAGAGAUUCAGAGAGUUUUGAAUCUCUCUCUCAAGUUCUCCCAAACACUUCAAAUCCUGCACAUAUGAUCCAAAUGGCCAUGGCAAACUCAGGUUCAUCUGCAGCCGCACCUCCACGUCAAGACCAACAUGACCGGUCAAAGUGGCUGCUCGACUGUCCUGAACCACCUAGCCCGUGGCAUGAGCUUAAAAGCCAAGUCAAAGAAUCUUUCCUAACCAAAGCCAAAAGGUUCAAGUCUCUUCAAAAACAGCCUCUCCCUAAACGAAUCCUCUCUAUCCUCCAAGCCGUUUUCCCAAUCUUUGGUUGGUGCAGAAACUAUAAACUCAUCAUGUUCAAGAACGAUCUCAUGGCUGGUCUAACCCUAGCUAGCCUUUGCAUUCCCCAGAGCAUUGGCUAUGCAACUCUUGCAAAGCUUGAUCCUCAAUAUGGCCUAU